AUGUGGUUAGAUAUUUAUAAAUCAAGUCAAUGGGCUUCAUUCGAUGAUUAUGCAGCAUGGAAAUCAUCAUGCUGGUUAGUAUCACCACUUACAUCCUGUACAUGUCCAAUUGGUCUUAAAGAAUAUAGAUGUAAACAUUCUGUUGGACUUGCAAUUUUAUUCAGUAAGUACCAAAUUACGGAUAAAGCUCGUUAUACACCAUUGGGAAAACGAAAAACUCCAGGUCGCCCAAAAAAGAAAAAUAUUCUCGAUCAUAUACCUCAGUUAAAUGAAUUUACAUUUAAUAUUCGAUCAAUUAUUUAUGAUAUUGAUAAUAAAUAUUUAUUGACAAAUGAACAAAUUCAAAAUACAUUUACAAAUUUCAUUGAUAAUAAAAUAAUAUCUUGUGUUGAUUAUUUUUCAAAAAAACAAACUGGUCAAUGUCUAAUAUAUUCAUAUCCAUAUAGAAUGAAAUAUUAUCAUAAUAUAACGAAUAAUUUUUCUAGUGGAUUAUUUAAAUGUGUUCAAGAAGUAUCUUUAUUUGAUGAAUAUCCUUUUGAACAUGAAUUUUUUCUUCGAAUUUCUCAAUCAUUUCCAUUUAUAAAAAAAUUAACUGUAUCAAAUUUCAAACCACAAAUAUACAAACAACAUGAAAAAUCAAACGAUGAUAAUAAUAAACAUUGUUCAAUUAUCGAAUAUCAUCAUCUUACUGAAUUAGAUCUACUUAAUGUUCAUCUCGAUUAUGUUGAACAAUUUUUAGAUGAAACGAAAUCAUCUUUUACAAAUUUAAUAUAUCUUCUUGUCAAAUCUUCUCUAUUGAGAAAAGCCACACAUAAUUUUACAAGAAAUGAAAUGAAAGCCAAUUGUGCUAAACUCAAUGGUUUGUAUAUUUUCGGUCGAUUAAAAAAUCCUGAAAAUGAUAAAAAAUAUUUUCCAAAUGUAAAUAAAAUAAAAUUUUCAUGGUCUGGUCGAAUAAUUAUAUCAAUUGAAUGUGCUGUUGAAGAUGAAUUAGUUGAACUUGAUAAUCAAUAUUCAAAAGUGAUGUCAUCUACUUAUUAA